AUGGCCUCUCUCCGAGGCACGCAACAACCGGAGCUCUCGAAGAAGCUGUUCAAGAUUAUCAAGUCGGAGAACCAUGCCAUCGGUGCCUACGAGGCUGCCGCACGCGAACGGCUCGGUAUUGCGCAGCAGCUGUCUGAGUGGGGCGAGGCAACCGAGGACGAGACGAUUUCGGACGUCUCAGACAAGCUUGGAGUGCUACUCGCAGAGAUUGCCGAACAAGAGGAUCUCUAUGCGCAAUCUCUGGAGGAAUAUCGAGGUAUCUUGAAGCAGAUCCGCAACACAGAGAGUUCGGUGCAGCCAAGCCGAGACCAUAAGACCAAGGUUUCUGAUGAGAUUGCGAAACUUAAGUACAAGGAACCACAGAGUACUAAAAUAGUACAGCUUGAGCAGGAGCUCGUUCGCGCAGAGGCCCAGAGCCUUGUUGCUGAAGCGCAGCUGAGCAACAUUAAGUUCAAAGAGGCCUAUGACCACCACUUCGCAGCCACCAUCGAGCGUGCAGAGAAGCAGAUAAUCCUUGCUAAGCAUGCCCGUCGGCUCUUGAACCUCGUCGACGACACGCCAAUUGUACCCGGUGACGUGCAUCCGCCAUUCGCCGAGGUAGAGAUGGCGCGUCAAGUCCUUACUGACGCCGAAGAUGAUCUUCGCCACUAUCGAUUGGAAGUGGAGCCUAUUCAUUCCAAUGCAGGAAACCUUGGAGUGGGCGCGAUGCCUGGAGCCCCAGUACCGGCAGCCACAACUGGAGUUGGAAGCUCACUUCCGGAUUCUAGUGCCUACGGAAAUACAGUAAGAAGCGAGAGCCCGGUAGGUGUAGAGCUUGAGAAGGCGGCGUCAUCUGCGAACCCCUUGGAAGAAGCGGACAGAGUGGAGAGACAGCAUGAGAUCCCCCGACAAGAGGUCGCCAACGUUGCCUAG